AUGGAACGGAAAGUGUGUAAGGAAGAACAUCCAGAGACAGACAGCGAUGACGAGGAACCACAGGACUCAAGGGAAGGGUCCUCCGUGGAUCCUGUGCCCCAAACAAAGACCUUGUCUGGCGGAGAUGUGUCACGUGAUGUGAUGCCAGAAGAUGAGUGUGUGCUAGAAAAUGAAUUACCAGCAACAACGCUGAGUUCAGGGCCUUUAAUUCCUGGAAAAGAUGUUGUUGAUAAUGACGCUAAAGAGGAAGUUAUUCAGGAUCACACUUCAGAAUCCAAAACAGAUGACAUCGACGGACAAAAUUCGAACCAUGACGAGGUACCCAGUUCGGUUUCAGCUCCCUCUCAAGUUUUGGACGUUGUAAAGGAUGAUAAAACAACCAAAGUUCUUACAGACAAAGAAGAUGAUGUUGUUGGAGAAACAAAAGGUUUGCCAAAAAAUGACACAAGUAAUAACCAAACUACAUCAGAAGAUUUGGACCAGAACUCGGAUUCGAAAUCAGGAGAGAGUUACAAUUCAGAGGAGGUUUGUCCAAUAAUAGAUGACCUUGAAUUCAUAUCUGAGGACAGUGACACUCUGGGUAGUGAUGAUAAUGAAGUAUCAGAAAAAGAGGCCAGUGUCAUCAGUAAUGAUAAUGACGAAUCACAAAAAGAGGCCGGUAUCUUAAGUGGGAAUAAUGUGGUUUCCAAAAUAGAGGGAGGUACCUGCAGUGCUAAACAUGAGCUGUUAAACACAAAGGCCAGUGAUAAUAGUGAAGAACUAAACAGAGAGACCAAAGAAGAAAUUCAAAAACAGGUAGAGAGAUGCCUAAGGUCAAUGGAACAACUAGAGAGAGAUCACCGAGAUAUUCUGAAUCUAGUCAACAAACGCAGCGAGUCCCAAAGAGAGUUAAACAAAGACGGAAUGAGCAUCAUUGGAGAACUUGAAAGCAUUGUUGAGAAUUUCACUCAAAGGCGGAAAGAAAAAGAUGAAGCCAUUCGACAUCUCAAAACGAUUCUAUCCAAACUUACAGAAAACCUGAGUGUGAUGGAAAAGGAAAUUCAUGAUUUACAAUCCAACAGAACUUCUAUGGGGUUUCACGGAGAAGAGAAAAAUAUGGAAAAAUCGGAAGAGAGGAAGGAAACGAAGCACCCUGUUAUGUCACAAACCGUAAAGGCGAAUGAUGUCGAACAGGACUCAGCAGAAAGUGAAAAAAAAGACUGGAGAAAAACUAUCGAAACUAGACAUCAUGAGAACAAUGAAGGUUCACAACAAAGCUCGAUGGGACAAUGGUCAUCUGACGAGAAUAAAAAAGUCAAUAGCAACAGCGUAAGUAAUUCACAUGGUAUUCCUCUUCCAAAACCGCAAUCAUCAUCAUCUCAAGAAUCUGACAAGCAUGUGAAAAUAAACUGCCAAGGAAUCUCAGAAAACAAACCAUCAGAAAAUGUUUUUCAAUCAAGGCAAGCGGAACAGGUUGACAAAUCAGUCUCAGAGGAGGAAAGAGAAGUUACACGAGGAAACAAAAUAAAUCCUAAUGUAGUCCAGUCACAUUCAGGACAGUCAAAUGGCAGUAAUGCUGGACGACAACAGGUAACAAACGUGAAUCCUAAUAAACUCCAGUCAGAUUCAGAGCAGUCAAGUGAAAGUGUCGCAAGACAACAGGAGGAAACAAACAUAGUGAACUCAAAAUCAAAUUCAGGGCAGUCAAGUGAAAGUGUCGCAAGACGACAGGAGGAAAUAACAAACCAAUCUAACAUUCCAGAUCGGGAUACCAAAAAAAACUUUUCCAUUUCCGCCAGUAAACAAAGAGAGAUUUUGAAUCCGGGCUACUGGGUAGACAAAGCAAAUGAGAUUCUUCGAAGAAAUGCUCUAGAAGGACCAGCUGAUAACGCAUGCGGACCGAAUACAGUUCUUUGUCUGGAUACCUCAGACAGCAUGUGGGGGAAUGCCUUCAGAACCAUGAUAGACCUGGCUCUCAGAUUCCUGUCUGGCGUGGAGAAUAACCCUACGAUUUCUGAAAAAGUUGGAUUGGUUUGUUUUGGAGCAGAAACAAAAGUUAUCAGUCGCUGUUGCUUGGAUUAUCCGAGACUGAAACAAGAAAUCAACAGAUUGAGCCCCGGCGGGCCCAGUCCUCUCACUGCAGGACUGAUGCUCUCUUUACCACUGACCAGGGGAGUGACAAUUCCCCACAUGGACGGGAUGGGAUUUUUCCCUCGUAUCAUUGUCAUCACAGACGGGGUGGCCACACCCGAACUGGUUACUGCCAAUGACGACUUUGUUCCUGAUAUGUCGGAACUAAUGAUGAUAAACAAUGACAUUAUGAGCAUGGCAAGACAUUUCAAAGAGGGAUGUAACAGAGUUUACUGUGUUCCUGUAGGACAGGCCAACGACGCCAUUAUAAGUCCAUUAGUUGAGGCUACAUCCGGAAAAAUUGUCCAACCAGCAAAUUUUGACAAAUUGAUCCAUCAAUUUCAUACAGAGUUUAUUGCAGCGGCAUUGCGUAACAAUUUUCCAGACUAUCGAAAAGCUGAUCCGUACAUGGUGAGAACAGCAGCAGAGGCUUCAGUGGUUUCACAUAGAGAUUUAAAUAUGGACGAUCUCGUGGAAUAUGUGAGAAAUCCACCACCUCAACGAGGACAGAAUGAUGACGACGACGAUGACGAUGCACUUCCAAGUGAGGGGUCUUCUAACAUGCCACCAAUCGGCACCAGGGUCAGACGGGGUCCGGAUUGGUCGUCUGAAUUCAUCGGGCAGGACGGAGACGGACCAGGGACUAUAGUAGAUCAUGGUCGAGGAGGUUUUAUCAGGGUUAUGUGGGACAACGGUCAUCUAAACAUUUACCCUUAUGGAGUUUCAGGUCGAUUCGCCGUAAUAGUGGUAGAUGAACCUAGAAUUUUGCAACAGGACCAGUUCAUUGAAGUCGGUUGUCUGGUCAGAAGAGGUGACAACUGGAGAGAUGAUGACGAAGACGGUGGACGUGGCAACAUAGGGGUAGUGUUCCGAGUACACACAGACGGGACAGUUGGCGUAAGGUGGCCAAAUGGACGUAAAAGGAGAUACAAAUAUGGCAGACAGGGAUUUUUUGAAGUUGAAAUUUGUGACCCAUUUGAUGAAGAAGUAAGAUUUCGGAUGCUGAGCAUGAACUUCCAAUGGCAAGAGAGCAAUGAAGAGAAGCGCACUAAAAGCAAGUCUCAAGUAACAACAGAAGAUCAACCUCGCAUAGAAGAUAUAGUUAAUUCUGAUGACAGGAAUAAGAACAACAAUAAGACCUUAGAGGAAAUGAACAGAAGAAACGCAUUGCGCUCUAAAAGAAUAGAAGAUCAGUUGGAGACUGACUCGGAGCCUUUAUCUGUAGAAGAAAGCUCGAAGUCUACGUCUGGUGGGACAAGUAGAGAAACAGACACGGUAAAUAUACAAGAGCAAUGCGAAAAUUUGAAUGGUGCAAGUGCAAUACAGACGAUGUCUCUUUCCUCAGAAAAGUCACAGGAUUUGAAGACAAAUAGUGGUGUUUUAAUUCAACCAAUGCCUGAAUCAAACCCUGGGAAAGACCAAGAGAAAUCUGCGGAUGACAUCAGAGAACCGGAAUCUGAUCAAAGCCAGUUGGAUGCUGUGAAAUGCGAUUCGCCCAGCACAAAGCCAGUCAUAAUAAGAAGUUCAUUGUUAGAAGUUGAUGGAGAAAUUCAACCAAUGCCUGAAUCAAACCCUGGGCAAGAACAAGAGAAAUCUGCGGAUGACAUCAGAGAACCGGAAUCUGAUCAAAGCCAGUUGGAUGCUCUGAAAUGCGAUUCGCCCAGCACAAAGCCAGUCAUAAUAAGUAGUUCAUCGUUAGAAGUUGAUGGAGAAAUUAAUCAAGACUAUGCGGAUAAAACUGAGGAAAAUCAGGAAAAGGACACCACAGAACCAGCUGACGAAGAACCCAUAGAAGAACAGUCAGACAGAUUGAAUGUCUCUUGUUCCUCGUCAUCCGAUAUAUCCUCCAAUUCAGACACGACAUUUGGAUCUGAUGUUUCCACUGUUGUUCAAGAAAUAAGCCAGACAUCUAGUCCAUCUAGCAGUAUUGAUGAAAUCACCAUCAGUGCACAGACUUCUCAUCACAGUAGUUCUGAUGCAGAUCAAUUGCCGAAGGCGCCUGAUGUAUCAGUGGCGUGGCAGGUACAUGACAGGUACGAGGGCUGGAAAGAUUUCCCAGAGGAAAUCAGUAGCAGGCUGGAGAAAGUUUAUCAAAGAAAUCCACAAGGGACGUGUUCUUACAUAAAGAACAAUAAAAGAUUCCAGGUGCAGUUAUCCAAAAUGAUCCAUAUCCACCCCGUAACCAAAGAAAUUUCAAACGUGAAAAGAAAUGUGACAAACGUAUAAAUGAGGAAGUUUAAGCUUCAGCAUGACAGAAUAUAUGAUAACCAACAAAGACAAAUAACAAUAAUAUGAAUAAAAUAUUGAUUUUAAAUGCAAUUAAAAUUAUUUAUUGAUACAAAUUACUUACAAUAUUGGCAAAGGUCCAACUUAUAAGAAUGUGUACAUCAUUUGGUCAUAUUCACUUAUUUAGAGCAUAACUACAGGUAUGCACGGAUCAUACAUGUACAUGUAAACUGUUAGUUUUCUGUAGCGUUUCUAGAUAUACUGAUACUAAUAUUGUAUUUUCAGGGUUUUUUGGCAUUUACUAUCACCUGGGUAUUAGACAUACCUAAUGCCUUUUUCCUUAAAAACAACUUAGAAAGUUUCUUUCAAAAAUUGCCCUUUGAUUAUUGGAUUUUGACAGUUGAAUAAAAAAAUGAAAUUUAUUUUAAAUAAUAAGUAUUUAAAAAUCGCUCGUUUAUAGACAAUUGACGAUCGACCAUGGCUUGAAUGUUUUACUCUUUGCCUUAUAUUAUGUGCAUGGUUAUGAUUGACCGUGGAGCAUUAAGUCCUCUUCAUCACUCUCAAUAAUGAUUCCCGUUACACUGCCUUGAUAACUGUUGUUGAUACCAGCUUUCCUAUUAUACCAGGGACUGACAGAAAAGAGAGUACAGAGUUCAGAUUCACGAUAUUUAUGUACAGUCCCAUUCCUAGAUGCGUUUUUGUUGAUAUUUGUUUUAUUGUAUACAGUUGUCAAAAUGAACUUCCUUUUAUUUAACAAUCUGCACAUGUAAAGUGAUAUAAGUAUAACUUAUUGACAUAAAACUGUUUCUCCUGAUUGCAUGUGUUGAAAACAUGUAUAUAGUUUGUCAUAUCUUUUGCACACUUUUUGUUCAAAAUAACGUCACCCUCCUCCACAUUGUGAAGGUAUUCAUAUUGUUUUAAUGAAAGAGAAAUGCUAUAUAUCAAAUGAUUUUUUUGCUCAUGCGCUUUUUGUUUAUUAUAUCUUCGUUAUUCUGAAGUGCUGAGAAUUAGAUAUCUAUACGAGUGAGGUUUAUCGUGUAAUUCCUUUGCUCUCAAGGAAGUCGUUUGAAUGUAAAGUCUAUGUAUUGGUUGAAACAGUUCAUAAACAGGUGAAAGUGCUCUUAUUGGUUCUUUACAUUGUAAGAAAAUGUUACCGAGUUUGUGAAUUUGAAUUAACAGACAUGAAAGCAAAUAUAUAGUUUGUUUCAUUAAAGUGAAAUAUA